AUGCUAUCUACUUCCGGCCUAGUUUUUGUCCUCUUUGCCUUCGCGGUGGGUCGCGAAGGUGUCCUAUCUUCGGCUUCAUCUCGCGAGUUACGCUGUGGUCGGCGACUGGUGUCAGGCCUCUUUUCCCGACCACGUCUACCUCUUGGAUAUUCUUAUGUGACUACUGUUCCUCGUGGGGCCUGCAGGCUCAAUGUCUCGGAGAUCAUGCCCAGCGAGAAUUAUAUAGCUUUGAAGAUAUCCAAUGGGUCGUAUAUUAUGAAUGGUGAGUUCGCGGUGUCGGCGGCGGGCACGUACGAGGCUGCGGGCGCGCGCUUCGUGUACACGCGGCAGGGCUCGCUCGACAGCGUCAUCGCACAUGGACCUAUACAUCACCCUAUCGACAUCAUGAUACUUUAUACUCAACCGAAUCCAAGUAUAAAGUAUGAGUAUUUCACGGAAUCACUUCCUGGUGAGAUUGAAAGUGAUAGUGUGACGAAGGCUGACUUCCCUGAAGUGUCGUCUACGGCUGUGACGAAGCACUAUAGACGGCAUCACAGUUACGACGCGUUCCCAAGGACAAACGCUGUUGUGCCACGACAUCCAGACCUGAGUUUUAGUAAUGAGGAUGAUGCUGAUGAGGUAGUGGUUGGUAAUAUGAAGUUUAUGUGGAAGAUACUGUCUUAUUCCCAAUGCACCAGAACUUGUGGAGGUGGAAUACAGUUGGGUAAGUUCCGAUGCGUGGAAGCUAACGGCAGUAACCGCGAGGUGGCAGCACUGCACUGUGCCGGUGUAGCUCCUCCUGCCCGACGUCGAAGGUGUGCUAACAUUCCUUGUCCACCCCGCUGGAGAGCUGCUGCCUGGAGUAGUUGUCCCAAAUGUGGACCUGCCACCAGGACCAGGAUUGUUGGAUGUGUACAGGACCAUGCCAGGGGUAUUACUAAGAUAAGCGAUCAAAAAUGUCCGCUACCAAAACCAAUGACAUCAGAAAAGUGUAUUAUCCCAGAAUGUGACAAAGUAAUUGGUGGAGAAGUGAGACAGAUCUUGUCGAAACGUGUGACGAAGCCGAAGGACCAUACAGAUAACUUUAGAGAAGGUCCAGUCUAUUCAGUAGCUGUUAACAGCACGGAUUUUGAUGUUGGGCCCGAAUACUCAUUUAGUCCUGCGGCUGGAUGGCUUUAUACUGACUGGUCAGAGUGUGUGGGUUGGUGUGUCGGUGGUGGAGUACAAAGCAGAGGAGUACGAUGCGCUGAUCCUUCAGGAUGCUCCCCCAAGAAGGCUCCGGAGUCUUCUCGCAUUUGUAGUCCGAAGAUCGAAUGUGAACCUCUUGAUGGGCAGUGGUUUACUGGUGAAUGGUCUCCCUGUUCAGCUCCUUGUCGAGGUAAACAAGUACGUGGAGUUCUAUGCAUCGGUGGUACUGGAAGACAUUUGAAGGACACAGCAUGUCACCUGGCAAAACCUUCUCAUGAACGAGAGUGCUCCACUGAUUGUAGACCAACCUGGUUCUAUGGUGAUUGGGGACCGUGUAUUGGCAACUGCUCGAGUGGACCUAGUACAGGGAUCCAACACCGUUCUGUGGUAUGCACGAAAGCUGACAAUGUUCCUGUCAGUGAGACUGAGUGCGUUUCACCACGUCGAGCAACCCGUACAUGUGACCUUACCUGCCCAUCUACUACAUCUACUACAUCUACUACAUCAAUAUCAUCUGCUUCAUCUGCUUCAUCUGCUUCAUCUGCUUCAUUUGCUCCGUCUACUACGUCUACUACGUCAACUUCGUCUACUACUCGUACAGUCCCAGUUGUUACGCCUCACAGAAAACCGUUACAACCAAUUGAACCUUACAUAGUUUCAGACCACGAACCUACUCAAAGGAAUGUUACUCAGAGAACCGCGUCUAAGGAUCGCGGGUCAAAAGGUAACUGCGCAGACAAAUUGAACAACUGCAUCCUAGCCGUGCAAGCGCGUCUCUGCCAUUACAAGUAUUAUACACACAAUUGCUGCAAAUCUUGCGGUGGUCGGUGA